AAGAGUUUCAUCAUCAGAUUUUGCAAAUGGAGCUGCUGAAUGUAUCUAAUCUUUCCAGCAAUCCAUUGUUACUAUCUCUGAUUCCCAUUUUCUCUCUUUUAAUUUGGCUUAAACUAGCAAAAGGCAAAAAUAUGAGUUUGCCUCCAUCACCCCCAAAGCUACCAAUUAUCGGCAACAGCCAUCAAUUUGGCAAACUUCCCCAUCGUUCUCUCCGAGACCUGUCAAAAAAUUAUGGUUCUCUCAUGCUUCUAAACUUGGGGUAUAAUCCAACUUUAGUGGUUUCAUCAGUCGACACAGUUAGAGAAAUUGUCAAAAACCAUGACGUUUUCUUCUCCAACAGGCCAAGGACCACAGUUCGUAAGAGAAGAAGAAAUCGAACUUCUCAUCAACAAAAUCCGUUCUACUUGUGCAGAAGAUGGGUGCAGCAAGUUUGGGGAACUGGUGAAAAGGCUAAUGGUUCUCUUCACCGGUUUCUGUGUUGGCGAUAUGUUCCUUACUUGAGAUGGGUUGAUGUGCUUACUGGAUAUAUUCCAAGUAUGAAAGCUUUAUCUGCAGAAUUGGAUGGAUUUCUUAUUCAGGUAAUUCAGGAGCAUAGAGCUGUUGAAAGCCGCGAAAAGAACUUCGUUUCUAUCAUUAUGAAACACCAAAAGGAUGGCAUGUUUGAGGACCUCACUCAAGAGAACAUAAAAGCAAUCUUACUGGACAUGUUUGUAGGAGGAACUGAUACCAGUGCAACAGCAACUGAAUGGAUUAUGGCUGAACUCCUAAAGCAUCCAAAUGCCAUGGAAAAGGUCCAACAAGAGGUGAGAAAUGUGGUGGGAAACAAAUCUAAGGUAGACCAGGACGAUAUAACUAAAAUGGAGUACUUAAAGUGUGUAGUCAAAGAAACUUUGAGACUACAUCCUCCUGUUGUUUUUGUUCCUAGAAAAACAUCAGCAAGUAUUAAACUGGAAGGUUUCGACGUUCCUUCGGAUACCACGGUCUUGAUCAAUGCUUGGGCCAUUCAUAGAGAUCCCAAAUGGUGGGAAAACCCAGAAGAGUUCAUCCCAGAGAGGUUUGAGAAUAGCUCAAUUGAUUUUCAAGGUCAAGAUUUCCACUACAUCCCAUUCGGUUUUGGAAGAAGGGAUGUCCCCCGUUCGUUCGAGUUGUGA